GGUCUCUUGUCGGCGUCCCGCGAGUCCUCCCGCGGGCUCCACGCGGCGGCCACAGCCCGCCCGCGCCACCUGGAGCUGGCAGCGCCGCCUCCUCGCUGGUCCCGCGAGGCACGUGGCAGGUGCGCGGGCGCCCAGUGUCCCCGCCCCCGCGCCCCACGCAGGGUGCCCGGCGCCCCGCAGCGGCAGGGCAGGUCGCGCAGCCUCCGCCGAGCCCGGGAAGCGCUCGGACGAAGAGGAGGAGCCAGGGGCACCGAGCGGGUGGAGUCGGGAGCACGAGAGCGGUGGAGGCGGAUUUCCUGGGCCCGGCUCGGUGGGGCUACUAUGGCGUUUGGGAAGAGUCACCGGGAUCCCUAUGCGACCUCCGUGGGCCACCUUAUAGAAAAGGCUACAUUUGCCGGAGUUCAGACUGAAGAUUGGGGCCAGUUUAUGCACAUCUGUGACAUAAUUAACACUACCCACGAUGGGCCAAAAGAUGCAGUAAAAGCUUUGAAGAAAAGGAUUUCCAAAAACUACAAUCAUAAAGAAAUCCAGCUUACCUUGUCACUUAUUGACAUGUGCAUGCAGAACUGUGGUCCAAGUUUCCAGUCUCUGAUUGUGAAGAAGGAAUUCGUUAAAGAUAGUCUGGUUAAGCUGCUGAACCCCAGAUACACCUUGCCCUUAGACAUUCAGAAUAGAAUCUUGAAUUUCAUUAAGACUUGGUCACAAGGUUUCCCAGGAGGUGUGGAUGUAAGUGAAGUGAAAGAAGUGUACCUUGACCUUCUUAAGAAAGGUGUUCAGUUUCCUCCCUCAGAUGCAGAGGCUGAAACAGCAAGACAAGAGACCGCUCACAUCUCGAACCCGCCAUCAUCUGUUCCAUCCGCACCAGUUCUUCCUACUGUGAUUGUUCCCAAGAGCUCUACUAUUACAUUGGUCCCAGAACAGAUUGGAAAGUUGCACAGUGAAUUGGAUAUGGCAAAAAUGAAUGUGAGAGUGAUGUCUGCCAUACUGAUGGAGAACAUUCCUGGGUCUGAAGACCGUGAAGACAUAGAGCUUCUGCAGAAGCUUUAUAAGACAUGUCGGGAGAUGCAGGAGAGGAUCAUGGACCUGCUUGUGGUGGUGGAGAAUGAAGACGUAACCAUUGAGCUAAUUCAAGUGAAUGAGGAUUUGAAUAAUGCCAUCCUUGGAUGUGAGAGAUUUACUCGGAACCAACAAAGGAUUUUGGAGCAAAACAGGAACCAGAGGGAAGAUGCCAAUACUACCAGUGAACCUUCUGCCCCAUCCUGUGAUCUCUUGUACCCAAGGCUCAGCCCUCCAAUGCCGAGGGCCACUCUGGGAGAACUCAACACCGUGAAUGCUCAGCUUUCAGACUUAAAUUUCAGGUCUCCGAGUCCUGUUGUAACGAACAACUUGACACCCAGUCUUCAUCCACAGGUGGAUUUGCUAGCCUGGGAAGAUACAGAAACACCCCUGUUUACCCAAAGGACCGGCCAAAACAUCACCACAAACCAUACAUAUGAGAGCUUUCCAGAAUAUUCAAAUUCAGUACUACUACAGCCAGUUAAUGUGCAGAACGUUCCAGCAACACCAUCAAGCCAGAGACUGCCAUCCUUGCCCGUCAGUCAUCCAGCAAUGGCAGAGAAUGAUCUCCAGCCACCCAAUUACUACGAGGUAAUGGAGUUUGAUCCCUUGGCUCCUGUUGUCACUACAGAAGCUGUUUAUGAAGAAAUUGAUGUUCAUCACCAGAAAGGAGCCCAAAGUCACAGUGACUGUUGAGGUUGUGAGUCUCUCGUUAUCCAGGAAUGGAGAAAGAGAAGGAAAGGCUGAAGGCCGGCUGUCUUCUUCUUACACUAGGUGGAAGUGGGUGACCAGCUCACUAACUGCAUUUAGAGGUGUCACCUCUCCUGUGCAGCUU